AUGCCGAGUCGAAUGUGGAUGGGAAAAUCGUACGAAAGAGGGAAAAGUAUAGAGCAAGAAGUUCCAAGUCAGUUUCGAACGGGAAUACCCAAAUUGCAAAGACCCGUGUCACUUUUAUUGGAAAGAAAACAACAACAACAACAACAACCGGCUGCGGUCGAUGCGAGCGACGACGCGAAUUUGGAAAACAAGGAAAAAAAACCGAAGGAAAAAGAUUUCUACGACAUACUAGCGGAAAAAUACGGAAUCACGAACGUGAAGAGGUACGAUCUUGUUCACGAUUAUCGUGGAAAGAAAGGAUAUUCAGUCGAAAACAGAGAAAAAGAUGACGUCAAAGACCGAGAAAAUGAAGAAGUCGUCGAAAAGAAAAAUGUUUCAAGCAACAAGAAAGAAGAUGGUCCCGUUGAAAAAUUUAAAACUCCCAGCGAAAGACUUGCCGCCGUUCUUAACAGUUUAGAAUCUCGCGGUGACAAAUCGUCACCGCCCGUCAAAGGAGACAACACGAACGUUGAUAAAAAAUUAAGAAACGGCGUCGAUUCAAAUUCGUCGAUGGAAAUUCAAAAGAAAGACAAAAUAAACAACAAUUCGACGACGGGUACGGAUUUGAGUAGCGGAAGAAAUUUUAAAAAAUUAUCCAGGCAUCAUUCGGACGUAUCGGAUAAAACGAUUGGAAGUUUUCACUUCGAUAAAUUACACGGCAUGGAUAAACCAUCAAACGGAUCGAUGUUACCGGAGAAAUCAUUGUUGAGCAAAUACACGCGGCGUAAUAGCAUGGCGAGCAGUAGGAGAAACGAAGGGGAAACGCUCGAUGACGACAGAAAGGAAAUGAAUGACGGAAAACCAUCAUCGGAGUACAAAUCGGAUCAUUCGAAAGGAUCGACGGAGAAAAAAUACGUUGAUAAAGCGAUCAGAUCAUUGAGGGAAAGCAGUUUAGGACCGACGGACGUGUCUUCCGAAAACGUACUCAUUAAGAAGGCCGUGUCCACGUCGGAUUUUCAAAGUAAAAAAUUAUCAUCGAAAGGUAGGUCAAAAAGUACUGUUAAUUCCGUUAUCGGAAUGUUCAAUAAAAUUGAUAAUGAAGAACAAGGGAAAAAGGAAGCGCCGGCGGCGGGAUUCGAGAAGAAAAACGAAAUCGGUGACAAGUCCAGGAUUCCAGUUUUCAACAAAAAAACAAACAUUCUUCCGAAAUUAGAAAUUCCUCCUCCUGCCGCUAUGAAAAACGUGGAUUAUUCAUCACCCAACUCGAUGUAUUCCCGAAGGUUUUCCUCGCACUUUUCAAAUACUUCGUCGAGUCCGAAACCGAGUUCUCCCCUUCAGAGCGGUCACGACGACUCAAAUAAUUUUCUCACUCCCGAUUCGGAAAGCGUGGAUUCAUGGUCCGUGUGUUCGGAUUACGGUAAUCCGGAUGAUUACUCGUCUAAAACCCAAUCGAGAUAUGGAAAAGUUGACGAUCCGUCCGGUGAAUCCGUGAGUGAAAGGAUAAGGCGUAAAAGUUUUUACACGAGGUUUAACGAGCGUAAAAAACCACGGAGGAGUUCUUUGCUGUCGAGGAGUUUCGGGGAACCGGAUUCCGAAGCGGAAUACACGUCACGAUGUUCGGUACCCGGACACUCGGCGGCGGAACCUUGGCUUCUUAAAUCCACGUAUCACAGAAGCGUGAGCUCAGGAGAUGAAAAUCCGAGUUGCUCAUACGAAAAAACAUUACGACCCAGACCUUUUUACAAUUCACAAACGAGCGAGGGAGGUUUAGGUUAUCAAAGGGAAAUCGGAUCCGAUUGGUCUUGGAGGCCUUCACAUUACGUAAGAACCGGAAGUCAAUCACCUGCUCCGUACGUGAGUUUCACAUUGCCGAGAAAUUACAGAUCGAAAUCGUUGUACGGUUCCGGAUUCGAAAGAUUGCUCAGUUCACCUCGUCAAUGA